ACGCGCUCGCGAAGUUUGGUCGAGUCGGUGGUGAAUUGUGUUUUGACGUGUGGGAGAUCGAUCGGUUUUUGAGGAACAGUCGUCGUUGCUUCUUUCCCACUCAAGAAAAAUAGUCAAAAUAAAUUACAGCAAAAUCAAAACUUUCCGUUCCCGACGAUUUGUGCAGCGAACUGCAACUGAGAAAUUCGCUACCGGCUGCGUGCGGCUUUAAAUUAAAUUAAAAGGCAUUUGCAUAAAACUAAACCGCCAAAAUUGGUUACCUAACGAAAACCUCGUUUGUGUUAAACGACACCAAAGUAAGUGGAUAUGAAAAAUUUCAUUAAAGAGGACUACGACAUGGGCUUCAGUUCGCGGAUGGACUGCUGCGGGCAGUUCGUCAAAUACAGUCUCUUCAUAGCGAACUUUGUCAUAUUUGUGGGCGGCGCUAUUGUGUUUUGUCUGACACUUUGGACGCUGGUGGAUCGCAGCUUUGUCAAUGAGCUCUUGGGCACGAAUCUGUUCUCGGGCGCUGUUUAUGUGCUGCUGGUCACAUCGGUUAUCAUUUGCAUGGUCUCGUUUCUGGGCUGUGUGGGCGCUGGCAAGGAAGUGAAGUGUCUGCUAUUGACGUAUUUCAUCAUAGUGGCUUUGGUUUUCGUGACCAUGCUAAUUGGCGGCGUCUUGGGGUACGUGUUUCGUGAGCGUGUGCAGCAGACCAUGCGACAGGAAAUGCGCUCGACUAUGGCGUUGUAUGGCAGCCGACGAGAGAUUACACAAGCCUGGGAUCUGACGCAGGAGCGUUUGCAAUGCUGUGGCGUCGAUACCUGGCACGAUUGGAAUCGCUACGGCCCCGUCCCAGAGUCCUGUUGUCAGGAACUGUUUGGCGGACAGCGCAAGGAGUGCACCAUCUUCCCAACAAUCACGAAUUUGCACAACCAGGGCUGCCUGUAUGUGACGACCAACUUCAUCAGAGAUCAUGCGGCGGUUAUAGGCGGCACUUCUAUAGCCGUAGCCAUUCUCAUGAUAUUUGGCAUGAUAUUCUCCUGUUUGCUCUUCAAUAUGAUUGAAUAACACACAUAGGAGCCAUCGGUCGAUAGCGCAUCAGAAAAAUCAGCAUCAAACCCAUUUACAAUAUUUAUCCACAGUUCUGCUCAAUGAGUAUUAUCCAAAUGAAUGAUAUGUUAGCUUCUCGUCUGUAUUAUAGAUAUGUGCCCUAGCCUCUACAUGUAAUCCGAGUUAUUAAUUGUUACAUACUCGUACUUAUGUAUUUUUGUAAUAUUUUUAUUAUACUUAUUGCGUUUGUUAAAGUUUAGUCGAAUGAAGAUGCAAUCGCCCAGCAAUGAGUUGGCCUUCUAUGUUGUGUAAUCGUAUAAUGAAUUUAGCUGUACGCAUGUUACUGUAAACAUAUACUUAAUAAAUCUAUGCAAUUUUAUUAGAAGAUAAGAACAUAA